UCAGCGAGCUCGCGCUUGAGUUUGCAUUCAGCGGGGUCGCGCUUGAGUGUGUCACGAGCAGUGCACAAUAUUUUUCUGUUAGUUGCGGGAAAUACUUACCCGUGUAGCGCAAAGCCCAAAGACGGCAAAUUGCGUAUCUGAACGCUUAACAAAUUCAGACCCACUAAUGAAGGUACUGUUAGAGCAAAGCACUGUUACACACCCACCGAGACUGGAUACCAUUUUGACUGGGCGGCGAGGGACAGUAACGUGAUGACCGUGGAAUUUGCCAUCAUGACAGAGGGAGCCAGUGAGUGACCUUACACAGAGCGCUAACGCUGAGCCUCUGAGCACCGUUUCAUAAGAGAUGCUUUAUUAUUUUAUUUUUUUUAUUACAUAUGUAUUUUAUCAUAGAACACUUAAAUGUAAAUUAAAAGAAUGAUUUGGUAAGAGUAAAAUGGGAGUAAUCUGUCUUGUUUAUAAUGUCAGCAGCAAUGCAGGUUUCAGUGGACAGAUGGAAGGCAGUCAUCAUCUGCACUGUUGUGGAAAUGUAUCUUACAAGACCUCAGAAAGUUCCUGCUGUAAUGGAAAUGUAACUCUGGGAUUAAGCCAGCUGGUGGCUGACUGUUGUGAUUCUGUGGCUUUCAAUCCCCUUAACGAGAUUUGCUGUAAUGGCAGCAUACUGACUCGAAGCAGCACUCACAUGAAAUGCUGUGGCAAAGUCAUGUACCUGACAACGACUCAUUUGUGUUGUGGUGGCGGCAACAUAUUUCAAUGGAAGGAAAAUCAUUCUUGUUGUGGCAAAGAAACGUAUGACAUGACAACCCACUGCUGCUGUACUAACCUUACACUUGAAGUAAAGCCGAAAAAUGAAACUUGCUGUCCAAAAGCAACAGACACUGAUGAAAGAACAGAAUGCCAGCAAGGCUCUCUUACCACCCGAACACUCUCCAAAAACUCAGAAUCGAAGUGUGGAUCAACACCCUACAAUCCCCAGAAAAAAAUUUGUUGCUCAGUGAAUAUUCAUGAGAAGGCUUCAGCACUUACUAAGUGCUGUGGCAAAGAUGUUUACACUCUGUCAGAUGACAAUGUGCUGUGCUGUAAUGGAAUCCUUCAUCUCAAUGUGCCUGAGCAGUCAGAGUGUGUUGGAGGUGUUAUAUAUACUCCACCAAACACUAUUUGCCAAAUGUAUGCUCGUCCCCGUCUUGGUAAGCACUGCUGUGGAGGACAAACCUUCAAUCCUCGCACACAUAUUUGCUGUAACGGACACAGCCACAACAAGAUGAAUGGCAAUUUCUGUUGUGGUUCAGAAGUCUAUGACCACCACAACCAGUUGUUGAGAUGCUGCUCAGGUCAUCUCUACAACCUAACACGUUUAAGUGGGGAAGCAGAGUGCUGUGGAAACCAUCUGCUGGAAUAUAAGACACAAACUUGCUGUUCUUCCUCAACCAAUGCCAUAAUUUAUGACACCAAACCAAACCACCAUUGCUGUGGGCAUUACUACUACAACACGUCCCUGUGGAGCUGCUGUGCUGAACAUCUCAAACCAACACCAAAGCCUAACAGCUCCCCUGCAGAAUACAGGCUGAAACCACUAAUGGACCUGAUCCCUGAAAUGUGCAAUAAAACAGUGUUCUUUGGCAAAGUGGAGAGUUUGGCACUUGAAAAUUAUCAGCGUCUCAUUGUGUUGAAAGUUGUUGGACAGGUCGAUGUAAAAUCGGAAAAGGUCAUCAAAGACCCUUGGCUUUAUGUGUCCCUGGAUCACUGCAGCUCUCCUGCCACAGAAAACGGCAUGACCUACCUUUGGGAGGAAAACCACGAUAGGAAGUACAAGCUUCUCUCUCACCCUGUUGACCUAACCUCUGACAUUCACAUGUUCUAUGCUGUAUGUUACCAAAAGAUGGGAUAGAAAUAUGAAUUGAGGUCUAUUUCCAAUUAUUUCAAACCAAAUUCAAUGCAUGCUGGUUGUCAUGAGAUUUCUGUCUGGAAAAUAAUUUUUAUCCAUCAUUAAUGCUAAAUGACCCAUAAAUAAUGUGUGUUAAGGGCCACUAUAUUUAAAAUUAAGACAGGCUUCCAAAGUCUCUGUUGCUGUAUCAUUACACAGCUUUAUGGCAGAGGCCUCGUUGGUUAUUUUUAUUUCAUCCCAAUAAUGGAUUGAUCCUGUUUGGAGUGUGCAAAGGGGAUAGCUCACCCAAAAUUUGAAUUUGCUGUUAAUUUACUCACCCUCAGGC